GAAGUGGAGUGCUGAGCGGUGUUCUCAUGAACGCAUUUGUGCAGUCGGGGCCGGAGUGAAGUAAGUCCAAGAACGGAACAACAUUGGAUUUAUUGUCCACUUCGUUCAGUUGUAGCCACAGUUCAGUUGUAGCCCCUUGUGUUUUUUCAUUCUGCGGUGGUUUCAGCACAAGAUUUUUGUUGACGAAUGGUGGAUACCGUUAAAAUACGCUUGAAGAUUUUUUGGAGAGUUUCUUGUCUCCACUCUGACGUCCGUUCGUUGAGGUAGACCAAGGUCGAACGCAGUACAACAACUGCUUUAUCGGAACACCUGUCCUGUCAGUUAUAGUAUAUAUAAUUUAUACAUUUUGUUAUCAUUUUUACGAGAAGAAAGUUUUCACAUACUCUUGGUGUCGGAUUUUUUUUGCCGUGGCUGGCUCCAAGGGAUUCUUUACUUGUGACUGUCAGGUAUGUCUGUAGCAGCCAGCGAGUCUCCAGGCAGGUAACUUGGUGAGCUGUGUCAUCGCUGCCAUGGCAAGUCUGAAGGUGCAGAUGUUGCCUGUCGUCAUCGCCGCGGCCCUGUGGGCAGCCUGCGCGGGGGUGGCGGCACAGGAUCACGAGUGGCACUUUAACUCAGCUCAGUGUCGUUAUGCCCUGGGCAUGGAGGACGGCAGCAUCCCCGACUCAGCCAUCACCGCCUCCAGCGCCUGGUCCGACUCCACUGAAGCCAAGCACGGCAGGUUGAGCACAGGUGAGGGUGAUGGCGCGUGGUGUCCACUGGGGGCAGUCUACCCCACGGGCUCCGAGUACCUGCAGGUGGACCUGGGCGCCCUGCACUUCCUGUCCCUGGUGGGCACGCAGGGUCGUCACGCCGACGGACACGGCCGAGAGUUCGCACGCAGCUACCGCCUCCACUACUCGCGAGACGGCCGCCAGUGGCUCACCUGGAAGGAUCGCUGGGGCCAGGAGGUGAUAUCGGGGAAUGAGAACACGUAUGAUGUGGUGCUGAAGGACCUGGGUCCCCCCGUAGUGGCCCGCACGGUGCGCUUCUACCCGCUAGCCGACCGCGUCAUGAGUGUCUGUCUCCGGGUGGAGCUCUACGGAUGCCUCUGGAACGAUGGUCUGACGGCCUACACAGCCCCAGUGGGACAUGUCAUGCACUUGUCUGGAUCUCCCGUCUAUCUCAACGACUCCACCUAUGACGGCAGCAUCGAGUCAGGCGUGCAGUUUGGAGGCCUGGGCCAGCUGGUGGACGGUGUGCUGGGUGGCGAUGACUUCACGGAGAGCAAGGAGCUGCGCGUGUGGCCCGGGUACGACUACCUGGGCUGGAGCCGCGAGGCGCUGGGGCAGGGCAGCGUCGACAUAGAGUUCCACUUCGAGAAGACGCGCACCUUCCACACCAUGCAGGUCCACAGUAAUAAUCGCCACACCCAGGGCGUGCGUGUCUUCAACAAGGUGGAGUGUGUGUUUAAGCCCACGCUGUUGCAGCCCUGGUCCUCCCCUCCGCUCACCCUCAUGGUGCCCCUGGCCGACCUCAAGGACCCCUCCUCCAGGCCCAUCUCCCUUCCGCUGGGCGCCCGGCCCGCACAGAUCCUCCGCUGCCAGUUCUCCUUCGCAGACCACUGGCUGCUCAUCAGCGAGAUCUCCUUCUACUCCGAGCCAUACGCGGGGGAUCUCUCUGAAACGGCCUCAGUCAACCCGGUGCUUCCUCCAGUCUCCCCCUCCACCACCGCGGCUCCCCACCCCGUGUCCGCCACCUCCCCGCGGCCCUCGCUCACACCAGAGGCAUCCAACCGCACCAGCGAACCCACCGACCCCCCCACCACCGCCACCACCCAGCCUGUGAUGAACAGCACCGUCUCCGAGGCGCUGUCAGGGGUGGACAUGGCGGCCAUGACCCCCAGGGCUGGCGUUCCCGUCGCCAAGUACGACAGCAGCCAUACGGCCAUCCUGAUUGGCUGUCUGGUGGGCAUCAUCCUGCUGCUAUUGGCUGUCAUAGCUGUCAUCCUGUGGAGGCAGUACUGGAAGAAGAUACUGGGCAAGGCUCAGGGCAGCAUGUCGAGUGACGAGCUGCGCGUCCACCUGUCGGUGCCGUCUGACAACGUGGUGAUCAACAACACCCACAGCUACUCCAGCCGUUACCAGCGCAUCCACACCUUCCCCGAGGAGAGGGAGCGCGAGGGGGGGGAGGGGGAGUACCAGGAGCCCAGCGCCCUGCUCAGGCCCAGGGAAGACUGUGACAGCACAGCCUUGCUGUUAAACAACCCAGCCUAUCACCUUCUCCUGUCAGAGGCGAGGUAUGUGCCCAGCUGGCUGACAAACGCCCCCAGCGCUCAGGAAAAGCCCCAGAAUGUGCCCCAGGCGUGUGGCAUCGACAUGGAGCUGGAGAAGCCGCCGCCCACCCAGGACGAGCCCCCGCCCUAUCCGGGCGCGCCGCCGUACCCCCACGGUUCCUCCUCGCCGCCACCUCCGCUGCUGCCCCCUCCCUGCGCCGCCAGCGUGCCGCACUACGCGGAGGCGGACAUCGUGUGCCUGCAGGGCGUGAGCGGCAACAACACGUACGCGGUGCCCGCGCUCUCCUCCUCGCCACCCGACUGCCCGCCGCUGCCCGAGCUGCCCAGACACUGUCUGCUGUUCAAGGAGAAGCUGGGAGAGGGUCAGUUUGGAGAGGUCCACUUGUGUGAGAUCGAGAAUCCUCAAGAUCUGCCCAACCUGGAGUUCCCCUUCAACGUGAGGAAAGGGCGCCCUCUGCUGGUGGCGGUGAAGAUACUGCGACCAGAUGCCUCCAAGAAUGCCAGGAACGACUUCCUGAAAGAGGUGAAGAUCCUGUCCCGGCUGAAGGACCCCAACAUCAUCCGGCUGCUGGGGGUGUGCGUGAGCAGCGACCCGCUCUGCAUGGUCACCGAGUACAUGGAGUGCGGCGACCUCAACCAGCACCUCUCGCACCGCAUGCUGCUGGACAAGACGGGGCCCUCGCACAACACGCCCACCAUCAGCUACCCAGCUCUGAUUUCCAUGGCCAGUCAGAUAGCCUCCGGCAUGAAGUUCCUGUCUUCCCUGAAUUUUGUGCACCGGGACUUGGCCACGCGGAACUGCCUGGUGGGGGGCGAGCGCGGCGAACAGGACGACCGCAGCGGCGAGCGCCAGAUCAAGAUCGCUGACUUCGGCAUGAGUCGCAACCUCUACGCCGGAGACUACUACCGCAUCCAGGGGCGCGCCGUGCUGCCCAUACGCUGGAUGGCCUGGGAGUGCAUACUCAUGGGCAAGUUCACCACGGCCAGUGACGUGUGGGCGUUUGGAGUGACGCUCUGGGAGAUGCUGAACAUGUGUCAGGAGCAGCCCUACUGCAACCUGACUGACGAGCAGGUCAUCGACAACGCUGGAGAGUUCUUCAGGGACCACGGCAGACAGGUGUACCUGUGUCGCCCGGCCGUGUGUCCCCAGGGCCUGUACGAGCUGAUGCUGAGCUGCUGGAACAGAGACUGCAAGCUGAGGCCCUCCUUCGCCCACAUCCACUCCUUCCUCACGGAGGACGCCAUGAACAUGGUGUAGACACACCCACGCACAGAGAGAAAGAGAAGCAAAGAAAAGAGAAGAAGAGAGAGAGAGAGAGAGAGAGAGAGAAAGCCUUUGUUUGACUCCUGCUAUAACACCGACACACACACACAGGAGUAGGGGAAGGGACCCUACCGGUACAUCGACGACUCCACUCUGUUCCCCCAUAACAUCACCAGACGUCUUGACAGUGAAACAGGUGAUGGAGGAGGGUAGAAAAGGAACAAUAGUUGCACCCUUCCCCUCUCCUGUCCUCUAUGUUGGGGGAAUAGUACUGGCACCCUUGCCCUCCCCUCCCCUCC